UCUGAUCAUGUCAACUACAAUGUAAAAUCCUCUGAUUCAUCUUUGAAAAUGAAUACACAAUUUCGGAAAACCCUAGCUAAUAUUGGCCAGUUUCUUCAAUUUCACGCCAUCUCCGAUCGGAGUCGACUGCUUCCACUGCGACAUGCCCCUUCAGCUUGUUUCUCUUCUUCCUUAGUUAGAUCGGAUGUGGACCGAGCUUCUGGAAUGAGAGAAAGGGAGAAAAUGCUGGAUAUCAAUCUCUUCCGGGAAGAUAAGGGCCACAAUCCCGAGAUUAUUCGCGAGUCGCAACGCAGAAGGUUUGCUGAUGUUGGACUUGUCGACGAUGUCAUUCGUCUGGACAAGGAAUGGCGGCAGCGUCAAUUCGAGCUGGAUAAUAUGCGGAAAGAUUUUAACCGCAUGAACAAAGAGAUCGCCAAGAUUAAGAUUUCUGGUGGGGAUGCAAGCGAGAUGAUUAAAAAUACUGAUGAAAACAAGCAGCAGACCUCAAAAAAGGAGGCAGAAGUGCAGGAAGCACGAGCUGCAUUAUAUGCGAAGAUGGAACUAAUUGGUAACCUUGUUCAUGAUUCUGUUCCUGUUAGUAAUGAUGAGGCUAACAAUGCCAUUAUUCGAACAUGGGGGGAGAAGAGAUCAGAAUCAGAACUGAAAAAUCAUGUUGAUCUUGUAGAGCUUCUUGGAAUUGCCGACACAAAGAAAGGGGCCAAUGUUGCUGGAGGUAGAGGUUUCUAUUUAAAAGGGGAUGGAGUGCUCCUAAAUCAAGCCUUAAUUAAUUUUGGUCUAGCCUUUCUGAGGAGGAAGAGUUAUGUUCCAUUGCAGACUCCUUUCUUUAUGAGAAAAGAAGUCAUGUCCAGGUGUGCUCAAUUAGCUCAGUUUGAUGAAGAACUUUACAAGGUUACUGGAGAGGGGGAAGACAAAUAUCUAAUAGCUACAGCUGAACAGCCUCUCUGUGCAUAUCAUUUAGAUGAUUGGAUCCACCCAUCUCAGUUACCAAUAAGGUAUGCUGGAUACUCAUCUUGUUUCCGUAAAGAGGCUGGCUCACAUGGUAGAGAUACCCUUGGACUUUUCCGAGUUCAUCAGUUUGAGAAAGUGGAGCAAUUCUGCAUCACCAGCCCGAAUGACAAUGAUUCAUGGGAUAUGCUUGAAGAAAUGAUUAAGAAUUCUGAAGAAUUCUAUCAGAUGCUAAACCUUCCUUAUCAAGUCGUGUCUAUUGUGUCUGGUGCCUUAAAUGAUGCUGCUGCAAAGAAGUACGAUUUAGAAGGUUGGUUUCCUGCAUCAAACACUUUCAGGGAACUGGUGUCCUGUUCAAACUGUACAGAUUAUCAAUCUAGAAGAUUAGAGAUUCGAUAUGGACAGAAAAAGGGCAAUGAACAGUCCAAGCAAUAUGUACACCUGUUGAAUUCAACUCUCACUGCAACAGAGAGGACUAUGUGCUGUAUCCUAGAGAAUUAUCAAAGAGAAGAUGGUGUUGAGAUACCCCAAGUACUGCAAGUGUACAUGGAUGGAAUGACGUUCCUGCCCUUUGUGAAAGCGAAGAAGUAAGUCACCUAUAAGCAUAAUAAUUUAUUGAAUAAACUAUUCACUCAAUAAUCUGAUGUCUGAAGUUAGAACUGAGUUGAUGUUUGUUGAGAUAUUUUUGGGCUAUUUUAGUCUUAAUUAGAUUUGUGGCAAAUUUACAGACAAAUUACUAAGAUUAAGUGUUGGUUAUGAGAACUUUGACAAAUUAAGUAUGGUGGGGGCGGAAGCGAAAUAGGAUGUAGAAUCUAAAUUAUUAGACAUGUUUUGGCUUCCACGAAAACUGGAGCAUAUGUAAAACUGCAAAAAAAAAUC